CGCGAGGCCAGCAGUGGCGGCCACCGCGCCCGUGCGCCCGCACGCCCACCAGGUGCCCCGGCAGCCGGGUGGCCGAGAUGCCCAGCCCGCGCGGGCUGCGGGCGUUGUGGCUUUGCGCCACGCUGUGCGUCUCCGUGUGUGCCGGCGAUGCUCCCCAGCCCGGCCCGGGGCCUGCCGUCUGCCCGGCCCCCUGCCACUGCCAGGAGGACGGCAUCAUGCUGUCGGCAGACUGCUCUGAGCUCGGGCUAUCCGUCGUCCCGGGGGACCUGGACUCCCUGACGGCUUACCUAGACCUCAGCAUGAACAAUCUCACGGAGCUUCAGCCCGGCCUCUUCCACCACCUGCGCUUCUUGGAGGAGCUGCGCCUCUCUGGGAACCAUCUCUCACACAUCCCGGGACAAGCAUUCUCUGGUCUCUACAGCCUGAAAAUCCUGAUGCUGCAGAACAACCAGCUGGGAGGAAUCCCCGCAGAGGCGCUGUGGGAGCUGCCAAGCCUGCAGUCUCUGCGCCUAGAUGCCAACCUCAUCUCCUUGGUCCCGGAGAGGAGCUUUGAGGGGCUGUCCUCCCUCCGCCACCUGUGGCUGGACGACAAUGCACUCACGGAGAUCCCUGUCAGGGCCCUCAACAACCUCCCUGCCCUGCAGGCCAUGACCCUGGCCCUCAACCGCAUCAGCCACAUCCCUGACUACGCCUUCCAGAACCUCACCAGCCUUGUGGUGCUGCAUCUGCAUAACAACCAUAUCCAGCAUCUGGGAACCCACAGCUUUGAGGGGCUGCACAAUCUGGAGACACUAGACCUGAAUUAUAACGAGCUGCAGGAGUUCCCCGUGGCCAUCCGGACCCUGGGCAGACUGCAGGAACUGGGUUUCCAUAACAACAACAUCAAGGCCAUCCCAGAAAAGGCCUUUAUGGGGAACCCUCUGCUACAGACAAUACACUUUUAUGAUAACCCCAUCCAGUUUGUGGGAAGGUCAGCAUUCCAGUACCUGCCAAAACUGCACACGCUAUCCCUGAAUGGUGCCACUGACAUCCAGGAGUUCCCAGAUCUCAAAGGCACCACCAGCCUGGAGAUUCUGACCCUGACCCGUGCAGGCAUCCAGCUGCUCCCAUCCGGGAUGUGCCAACAGCUGCCCAAGCUCCGAGUUCUGGAACUGUCUCAUAAUCAAAUUGAGGAGCUUCCCAGCCUUCACAGGUGUCAGAAGCUGGAGGAAAUUGGCCUCCAACACAACUGCAUUUGGGAAAUCGGAGCAGACACCUUCAGCCAGCUGAGCUCACUGCAAUCCCUGGACCUUAGCUGGAAUGCCAUCCGGUCCAUUCACCCUGAGGCCUUCUCAACCCUGCGCUCCCUGGUCAAGCUGGAUCUGACAAACAACCAGCUGACCACACUGCCCCUGGCCGGACUCGGGGGCCUGAUACAUCUGAAGCUCAAAGGGAACCUGGCUCUAUCUCAGGCCUUCUCCAAGGACAGUUUCCCCAGACUGAGGAUCCUAGAGGUGCCCUAUGCCUACCAGUGCUGUGCCUACGGCCUGUGUGCCAGCUUCUUCAAAGCCUCUGGGCAGUGGGAGGCCGAAGACUUUCACCUUGAUGAGGAGGAGACUCCAAAGAGGCCCCUGGGCCUCCUUGCUGGACAAGCAGAGAACCACUAUGAUCUGGACCUGGACGAGCUCCAACUGGAGGAUGGAGGACACCCCAGUGUCCAGUGUAGCCCUAUUCCAGGCCCCUUCAAGCCCUGUGAGCACCUCUUUGAAAGCUGGGGCAUCCGCCUGGCAGUGUGGGCCAUCGUGUUGCUCUCCGUGCUCUGUAAUGGGCUGGUGCUCCUGACCGUGUUUGCCGGUGGGCCUGUCACCCUACCCCCAGUCAAGUUUGUGGUAGGUGCAAUUGCAGGUGCCAACACUUUGACUGGAAUUUCCUGCGGCCUUCUAGCCUCAGUUGAUGCUUUGACCUUUGGCCAGUUUGCCGAGUAUGGAGCCCGCUGGGAGAUGGGGCUGGGCUGCCGGGCUACUGGCUUCCUGGCAGUACUCGGGUCCGAGGCCUCCGUGCUGCUGCUUACCUUGGCUGCAGUGCAGUGCAGUGUCUCUGUCUCCUGCGUCCGGGCCUAUGGGAAGGCCCCCUCCCUGGGCAGUGUUCGAGCAGGGGCCCUGGGCUGCCUGAUGCUGGCAGGGCUGGCUGCAGCCCUGCCCCUUGCCUCAGUGGGAGAAUAUGGGGCCUCCCCACUCUGCCUGCCCUAUGCUCCACCUGAGGGACAGCCAGCAGCCCUAGGCUUCGCCGUGGCCUUAGUGAUGAUGAACUCCUUCUGCUUCCUGGUAGUAGCCGGUGCCUACAUCAAACUCUACUGUGACCUGCCAAGGGGCGACUUUGAGGCCGUGUGGGACUGCGCCAUGGUGAGGCAUGUGGCCUGGCUCAUCUUCGCAGACGGGCUCCUCUACUGCCCCGUGGCCUUCCUCAGCUUUGCCUCCAUGCUGGGCCUCUUCCCUGUCACGCCCGAGGCUGUCAAGUCUGUCCUGCUUGUGGUGCUGCCCCUGCCUGCCUGCCUCAACCCACUGCUCUACUUACUCUUCAACCCCCACUUCCGGGAUGACCUUCGGCGGCUCUGGCCGCACACAGGGGCCCCAGGGCCCCUAGAUUAUGCUGCAGCCAGUGAGCUGGAGAAGAGUUCCUGCGAUUCCACCCAGGCCCUGGUGGCAUUCUCUGAUGUGGAUAUCAUUCUGGAAGCUUCUGAAGCUGGACAGCCCCCUGGGCUGGAGACCUAUGGCUUCCCCUCAGUGACCCUCAUCUGUCAGCAGCCAGGGACCCCCAGGCCAGAGGACAGCCAUUGUGUAGAGCGAGAGGGGACCCUCUUUGGGAACCCACAACCCUCCAUGGAUGGAGAACUGUGGCUAAGGGCAGAGGGAGCUUCAUCAGCAGCUGGAGCCUCAUCAGUGGGUGGGAGCUUGCGGCCUUCUGGUUCAGCCUUUGCCCCACACUUAUAAUUCCUCCCCAUUCUUCUCUUUCCAUCUCUUCCUUCCCCUCCCCCCAUGAAUGAUGGCUGCUUAUAAAAUAAAUACAACCAAAACUCAGUAGUGUGAUCUGUAGUAAGGUGGUCCGAUCUCUGGUUCCACUGGUCUUCUCUCUCCUGUGACCAUGACCAGUGAGUGCUUCUUAGCUUUGUUUCCCUUUGACCUUCCUCAGCUUCACCUUCGUGCUGGGCCUUUUCCCUGGUAUAUCUGAAGCUGUGGACCAGAGACCUGGAAAUUUGUCUGCUUAAGGGAAGUGAGGGAAGUUAAAGACAGUGCAAGGUUUGGGGGCUGAGCAGGCCCAGGAUCAGGGCACAGUGGACAGGGAGACCUCACAGAGAAAGGCUUGGAAGGGGACUACCAAAGGCAUUUAGGCAUCUCUCCUUUGACUCAUGGAUAGGAUAUACAAUGUGUUUUGUCCCAUUAAUCUUGAUAUACACCAUGCAAAAAGACUUCUAUUAAAAUAAGUUGGAGAUUAUACUUUGGAAGAGAUUA